AUGAGUCUUCAUGUGGAUCGGUUUCUUGCAACCGGCCGGGGGCAAUCUGUCGCCGGAGGUGAGCGGUCUUAUCGGAUGGUGAGAAACGCCGGGGUCGAAAUCAGGCAAUGCGUGAAUCGGAAGAAAUUCGAAAAAGAUGCGGACGAAGAAGAAAGUGACGAUGAGGAAGAAGAAGAAGAAGAGGAGGAAGAAGCAGAAGAAGAAGAAGUAGGAAGAAGAGAUGAAGAGGAAGGAAAGAGGCUGCAAAAGAAUAGGCAAGGCAGAGAGGAGGAGAGCCGAAGAGGCUGCGGGCUUGUCGAGAUGAGUGGCGCAGACGAUGGAAAGGGAAGAGUCGGGGAAAGAGACGAAUUGGAUUUUGAUGAGGGGUCAUUAGGAGGGGAGGAUUUAAAUCGUAGAAAUUGGCGAACAUGUAAUUAUGCUACAGAUGCGACAAAGAGCUGGGCUUAUGCAGCCCAGGAAAGACAUAUUCCCAGCAUUCGGAGCCCUCGUUUGGCGGGAAAUCAGCAAUUUCCGCCCGGAUACGUCGAUUACAGUUGCUGGGGCUAUCAGCCAACGUUGAAAAGCCCGUGUCCGGUUGGCGGCUGGAGUCAAGCCGCGAGAAUGGAUGCGGAAUUUACUCAACCUCAAUCGAAUCAUUCAUUUCUAUCAUCGGCCAAUGCAAACGUCUUCACCUUAUUCCCCGGCCCUGGCCCAGGAUACGAUGCUCGGUACGAGGCUGACUAUGCGACUUGCCUUAAACCAGAUGGGGACUGUCUGUACGGCAGGAUUGAAAUGGCAAAAAUUCCAGCAAGCGACCACUACCCCUGCAUGGAAGCGUGGAGACAAUCGUCCGACAUGCACGCUGGGACAGUGGCUCAGUCCACCGGUUUUUUGACGUCAAGAGAUCUAUCAACUGGACCACUAGCCCGGGGACCCGGGCCUCCUGCUGUAUCAACCUCGGCUACGGCCUGUGGACUCGGACCGGUAGGCGGUUCAAAUGGCAACAAUGGAGCAGUUUGGACUAACGGACUUUACAUGGCGGGAGAUAGUUCGCGGAACACUUCAAUGCGCAGCUUGGCUAAGCGGACGAUGUUGCUUGGCCUUCCAGGCAUUCAGGCCUCGGGAACUAAAUCAUUAUUCAUCUUCUCUGAGGAGAAUGUGAUAAGAAAAUAUGCUAAAAUCAUCAUCGAGUGGGGAUAUCCUUUUAUCUUUAACCUAACCUUGGUCUAUAGACUGCCUAAAUAUGAUGCAUAA